UAUGCAUCUUCGAGAAUUUGAAGGGUCGGCAGCAGUUGAGAUUUGAGAAUCAUAUAUAAUAUAUAUAUAUAUAUGUUAGUAAAGGGUCGAUUGUAUCAAGGUCGUAGUCUGAACCACUGAAUCAUCUCAUUUCCUGAUCCUAAUCGUCCUCCUCCCUUACACCCCCACCCUUUUCUUUUCAAGAAAAACAAAAAAGAGAAAAGAAAAAGAGGCAGCAGCAGCACUUGUCUUGUUGGACAGCAGUUGCCCAUUCAUACGUAGAUCGGAUCCUAUAAAGACUAGUUUUUCAUUAGAGGUUUGGCAAAAGGCAGAGAUAUCGAUUUUAGGCUGCCUUGUAAAGCCUUUGCUAUAUUAUUGAAGUCCUUCACAAUCACACUACAGUGCUCACUAUAUCCUGAUUGAAGCGCCCGCAUCACCCUCACCAAUGCAAACGUGCACUCUGGCGUCAGCGAAGGAAAUUACGAGCCAUGACGCCCCAUCGGCAUCUAUAAUACUGUGUUUAUGUAUCUCUAUUGCCAUGUCAUGUGCUGAUGGGCCGGCAUACAGAUGGACACAAUUCACAAGUUGCUGACUUCUCAAUUCUCGUUUUAGAAAAAGCUCUCUUAGUCAGUUGUCAGCAAUAUAUAUAUAUAUAUAUAUUUUCGGAGCAACAGUUGUCAGCAAUUCAUGAAUCUUACAGUGUUCAACCCCCCCGCCCACACCAAGAAAGCACAAGGGAAGAACUUGAAAAAAUCACUACUGCCUCUAGCUUGGAAGAGAACAACAUGUUCAGCAUCAGAUCAAGUAGCAGCAGCUCCAUUUCAAGAGCCUUGCUCGCUCGAAGCUUCGUCAUGAGGGAGUUCUGCGCCCAAAGAAAAGAAAGCAAAUUAGAAGGCAAGGUAGCAUUGAUCACGGGAGCGGCACGUGGCAUUGGCAAAGAGACCGCCACAAAAUUCAUCACCAAUGGUGCCAAAGUGGUGAUCGCCGACAUACGCAGAGAUGUCGGGCAAGAAACCGCGAGACAACUGGGAGCAAACGCCAGUUUCGUGGCAUGCGACGUCUCCCAAGAAUCAGACGUCUCAAACGCAGUGGAUUACACUGUGUCCACUCACGGUCAACUCGAUAUCAUGUACAACAAUGCCGGCAUCGCAUGUCGUACUCCACCAAGCGUAGUGGACCUUGACCUUGCAGCCUUCGACAAAGUCGUUUCCAUCAAUGUCCGGGGCGCUGUUGCAGGGAUCAAGCACGCAUCACGGGUCAUGAUUCCUCGACAAGCUGGGUGCAUCUUGUGCACGGCCAGCGUUACCGGCAUGAUGGGUGGGUUGGCACAGCAUACCUACUCCAUAACUAAAUCCAGUGUGAUAGGGAUGGUCAAGUCGGUUGCAGCAGAGCUAUGCAAGCAUGGAAUCAGAGUCAACUGUAUAUCGCCAUUUGCCAUUCCGACGGCCUUUGCACUGGAAGAAAUGCAGGACUACUUUCCCGGUUUGGAUGCUGGGGCGCUCGCGGACAUGGUCCACAAUGCGGGAGUGCUCAAGGGAGCUAAUUGCGAACCCAGCGAUGUCGCCAAUGCUGCACUUUACCUUGCAUCCGACGAUGCAAAAUACAUUAGCGGCCAUAAUCUGGUGGUGGAUGGGGGUUUUACGUCGAUCAAAAGCUUAAACUUUGCCGGUACCUGAUCAAGGGUCGCGAAGAGUUUUGGCAUACUGCCAUAUUCUGCCAAUUGAAGGCUCUAUAACACUACCAACAUCUUUGUUCGUCACAAUGGUUGGCUUUCUUUUCCUUUCCUUUAAAGCCCGUCUUAGUGCAUCGAAGCCUGUUUGGUUGGACCAUUAGAAUUGGGAUACGCGACUCAUCGGAACACAUUUUGCAGGAACCCGUAAAAAAAAAUAAAUCUGAGUACAAUCUUUGCCUUUCGACUCGUGAGUAUAAUUUCUGGAGUUACAAGAGUUGCAAAAUGGCUCCAUGACUGAUGACCCUUCGACUAAACUGCUGUAUUCCAAAUUGGCCACUACUGACUUGUUAAAUAGUAUACAAUGAAUGAAGACGAGGAAAUCAAGAAAUGCGCAGUCCUAGGAUUACCACAGAGAUUCUAUAGAAAAAGUAAAGAGCAAAAGUAAAAGGUAAUACAGUACUAGUUUUAAGACCAAAAAACCCCCAAAACUCUAUCGACACUACUUUGAGUUGAGACCACAAAACCACUUUGUCAGGUAGCAAGUACCAUAUCAAGACCAGAAAACCCGCGUUUUAAUGCAGUCAGUACUUCAGGACCUUCUAAUAUUUCAACAUCUUGUGUUCUCAUAUUACAAGAUAUUAGCCACCUUAAAAGAGAAUAUUCUAUAUA